AUGCGGGGCACUGCUGUGCUAGCGCUACCGCCGGUGAUGGUGGUGGCGCUGCUGCUGCUGCCGCAUGUGGCGCUCGGAGCCGGAGCCGUUGGUGGUGGAGGCGGCGAGGGGGGCUGCGAGCGGCGCUGCGGGCGCAUGAAACUCCCCUACCCGUUCGGCUUCUCCAGCGGCUGCACCAUACAGCUCGGCUGCGACGACGACGACACCGACGACGUCGCGUGGCUCGGGCACGCGCGCGAGCUGGGACUGUUCGUGCGCAACGUCACGGCGCGCGCGAUCACCGUCGGCCUAAGCCCCGACUGCUCCCGCCAGUUCAAUAGUUCCGUCGCGGCGCUCUUCUCUGGCAAUCACGCGCCCUGCGCCUGGAACACCCUCCUCGUUAGGUCAUGCAGCCCAGCCGCUCAGGAUCAGGAUGCCAACAUCAAGAGCUGCAAGGUCCCGCCUGAAUACUACGGGCGCUGGUCCCACUCCCACUGCAGCGCCGACGAGUCCUUCAGCUGCAUCGUCCAACGGCCUUCCAACACAAGCGGCCGCCAUUUUCUAAAUAGAAACGAGUUGCUCCGCUUCGAGUGCACUGAGCUGGUCUCGUCGAUCAUCAGAUACGUGGAUGCAUCGGAGCCGCAGCUGGCGGUUCUGCUGGACGAGCUGGAGCUGGACUGGUGGGUGCAGGGGCAGUGCCGCUGCUCAAGCCACGCCAACUGCACCGCGUUUACCGCACCGACCACGGGGCAACAGGCGUUCCGGUGUGAAUGCCGGGAGGGGUUCGAAGGCGACGGCUUCAUCGACGGUAUCGGUUGCCUGGGACUGGGAGGCUCAAAGAAAGCAAGAAAAAAAAUAUAUAUAAUAGCAAGUACUUUGAGCAUACUUGCGAUAUGUCUACCUUCCGCAUGUUUGCUGGGCUACAAGGUAUACAGGUCAAGAAAGAGAUCGAAGGAAACACCAAGGAUUGAGUCGUUCCUACAAAAGAAUGCAGGAGUAUAUCCAAAAAGAUACACUUACGCACAAGUGAAGAAGAUGACAGGGACCUUUGCUGAAAAGCUAGGUCAAGGUGGAUUUGGUGUUGUUUACAGAGGUGGCCUCUCCAGUGGCCGUCAGAUAGCAGUCAAGAUGCUUAAGAACUCCAAGUCUGAUGUUGAGGAAUUCAUCAAUGAGGUAGCCAGCAUCAGCACAACUUCUCAUGUCAACGUUGUUACCCUCUUAGGAUUUUGCUUUGAAGGAUCCAAGAGGGCACUAAUCUAUGACUAUAUGCCUAAUGGUUCGCUUGAAAGAUAUGCUUUCAAACACAGUUCUAAGGGUGAACAUAUUCUAAGUUGGGAGAAAUUAUUUGAUAUAGCAGUUGGUAUUGCUCGUGGACUUGAAUAUCUCCACCGAGGAUGCAAUACUCGCAUAGUGCAUUUUGAUAUCAAACCCCACAACAUUCUAUUGGAUCAAGAUUUUUGUCCUAAGAUCUCUGAUUUUGGGAUGGCCAAAUUGUGCCAGAAUAAAGAAAGUGUUGUCUCCAUUGGUGGUGCAAGAGGAACAAUUGGCUAUAUUGCCCCCGAGGUCUACUCAAAGCAAUUUGGAGCAGUAAGUAGCAAGUCUGAUGUCUACAGUUAUGGAAUGAUGGUCCUUGAGAUGGUUGGGGCAAGGGAUAAGAGAAUCAAUGCAAAUAGUGAAUGUAGCAGCCAAUAUUUCCCGCAGUGGAUUUAUGAAAAUUUAGAUGAAUACUGUUUUGGUGCUUCUGAGAUUAAUGGCGAGAUCAAAGAGAUUGCAAGGAAGAUGAUAGUUGUUGGGUUGUGGUGUAUACAGCUAAGUGCUAGUAAUCGACCAACUAUGACUAGAGUCGUCGAGAUGCUAGAAGGAAGCACAGGUAGCCUGGAAUUACCACCACAAGUGCUCUUAAGUUGA